AUCCAUGCAAGAGAGUUGCAGAUGGAACCAAGUACGGGGUUCCCAAAGUGUGUUUUGAUUACUUUGAGUGUGUCAACGGAGAGGCCCGCUAUCGCGAAUGUGACCCCUUCUACAGAUUCGAUGAAGCGGAACAGAACUGUGUGCCAGACAACAACUGCUAUAGCGAAUGCCCACAACAUAUUAAACCAGUUCCGGAUGAUAUAACUAAAUUCAAUCUUGGUGGACGCAAUGUGAGCUGUCCUUAUGGUACCUUCUUUGAAGUUAGACACUGUGUUUGCUUCAACUUGCCGCGAAACACAACUACGACAGGACCGACGGAGUCAACCUACCCACCCAAAGCGACGGAAUCAACUUACUCACCCAAGCCAACGGAGUCAACCUACCCACCGAAGCCGACGGAGUCAACCUACCCACCGAAGCCGAGGGAAACAACCGGCUCAUCAGAGCCCUACUGA